GUCGAAGGUAAUUUCACGGCGGUGAAAGUUGUUGAUAGGCCAGCAUAUCAACGGCUAGAUUAUUGCAAAUUCCACACAUAUGUUGAUAGAAGCAUAUUAAAAAACAUGGUAGUAAAAAUUGAGGGACAUUAUUAUUGGCAGAACGAUUAAUGCAUUUAUGUAUUGAUUUAAACUGCUGGAAACUGGCUUAUGUUAAGCUUGUAAUUUGUUUAAAAGAAAUGUAACCAAUGUUCACAUUGUCCGAGGCGAAUUGCAUCUUCACGGUGACGAGAACAACGUGAAGUCAGUCCUCCUAACAUCAACAAUUAAUAUAUUAUUCAGCACGACACUGGACCAGGUGUUCAUACGGGCGAAAUCAUUUUGGUUAUGUCAAAGAAGGCUGUAGGGAGAUCAAAUUCAGUAAGCCCAGACGCCGCGACAAUGAACGACAUGAAUGAAAGCAAGAAACGCUCAUGUUGGGAACCAGAUAACCUCGGAAAUAUCGAAUAUAACGAGCAACAUGAAACAGACACGAAAGGAAGCAACGAAAGCGAAGCAGAAGGAUCACACAGUCGAUUAGUGAAAGAACCUGAUAAAAAUAGAUCGGAACUUAAACUUAGAUCAGUAGAACUUGGGGUUUCUGGAUCAGAGAAAUCGAAUGCUUUGCCUACUGAUACCGAAUUUAAAUGCGAGAGCAAUUCAUCAUCGGAACAUCAAUGUGAAUACGAUUGUUGUAUCAGGCAGCCUAAGAAGCACUCGGUCUCCGAUGUCAUUAACAAAAUAUUCAAAUCAAAGCGCUUCGAAUCUGACAAACUAGAACGAUUAUACCAGCGGUAUUUUUUUCGAUUAAAUCAGAAAUUCAUAAACUGGAUAAUAUUCCUGAUAUUUCUUCUACUCAUUGUGCUAGUUGGCCUCCAUUUCGGCAAAGAAGGCAAGGAACGAACAGACCCGUAUUGGCUAAAAGGCGUAUUUCUGCCGCUUAUAUUAGUUUUAUACGUUGCAAUUUUAGUCGUCAUAAACCGUUCUAACUCAACACAAAAGAAUUUAAGACUUUCAACGUAUGCUAUGGUUCUCCUAUCUUGUUGUUUUGUGACUGUCGAUUUUUUACUUCGGCCAGUCACUUCUGCAGCAGAUGGUGUAUGGCUUGGUGUAUUCUUUAUUUAUUUGACCUAUACAUUACUCCCUGUAAGAAUGAGACUGGCAGUCUUUGGGGGAUGUGGAAUUGCUACAGUUCAUUUGGUGUGCUGUGCGAGAGAUUUGGUUCAUGAUAAUAAUUUGCAUCGUUUGCUCUUGGCGAAUUUUUUCAUCUUUGCUUGUGCAAAUGGCGCUGGAAUUUUCACUCAUUAUUCCACGGAGCUGUCACGUCGCAAGGCCUUCUUAGAAACGAGAAAAUGCAUCGAAAACCGUUUGAAAAGCCAGAAAGCCAACCAGAAUCAGGAACGUUUGCUGCUGUCCGUCCUGCCACGUCAUGUUGCCACGGAGAUGAAAGCUGAUAUCAAGUCAGGGAAUCACAGAGGAAGCCAGUUUCAUAAAAUAUACAUCCAGAAGCACAAUAAUGUCAGUAUUUUGUUUGGAGAUAUCGAAGGUUUUACUCAGCUGUCAUCUCAGUGCACAGCACAAGAACUGAUCCAAACAUUGAAUGAACUUUACGCAAGAUUUGAUCAACUUGCUUUGGAAAAUCAUUGUAUGAGGAUCAAGAUCCUUGGUGAUUGUUAUUAUUGCGUAUCAGGUUUACCAGAACCACGAGUUAAUCACGCCCACUGCUGUAUCGAAAUGGGCUUGGAUAUGAUUGAUGCUAUAAUUGUCGUUCGGGAGGCGAAGCAAGUAAACUUAAACAUGCGAGUGGGUAUUCACACUGGUAAAGUUCAUUCUGGGGUUCUUGGGUCUGUCAAGUGGCAAUACGAUGUUUGGUCAAAUGAUGUCACUGUUGCUAAUCACAUGGAGUGUGGUGGACUUCCAGGGCGUGUUCACAUUACCCAAGAUGUUUUGGAUGUCAUAAAUGGUGAUUAUGAAGUUGAAGAAGGUCAUGGCGGUGAGAGGGAUGUGUACUUGAAAGAACAUGAUUUGAAAACUUAUCUCAUCAGUGCUAAGCAUUCCAAGGAUAGGGACUUUUUAAGAAAUCAGCAACGCAAGCAAACCCCAAACCAAGGAAUGUUUAAAAAGGAUGAAAUUCAAGCUAAUCAAGAUCAGAAGGCCGAAGCGAGACUUGGUAUCAAUCAAAGCAGCCCCGAAGAUGAAGUUAACGAUUUUCUCAGCACUUCAAUUGAUGCUCGCAGCGUUGACAGGUGGAGGCGGGAAAAUAUCCGAGCUGGUUUUUUGACGUUUAGAACAAAAGAGCACGAAGAACAAUAUUCAAACGAAAAGGAUGGAAUGUUUAGAUCCAACAUCAUGUUUACCGUGUUCAUAUUGUUUUGUCUUCUUAUUGUCCAACUUCUUGUUCUGCCGAGGAAUACCGGGACAGCUGUCGUGUAUAGUUGUGCUUUUGUAGUCAUGGGAGUUAUAUUACUCAUUGCAAUGGCGGAACGAUCCCAGGCGCUGCGAUGCUUUCAUACCAUUUCUCUUUUGAUUGCUGACUCAAGAAGAGCAAGUCAACUGAUAGCAACCAUAGUUAUUGUAAUUUUGUUAUUGGCUGUUGUUGGGAAUUUGGCCCAGUGCGAUUCCUCGUACACCAGCAGUAUUAACUGCGAUGGAAAUUUUACCGACAACGUGACAAAACUUACGUUUGAGGAUUGUGACUUUCCCCAAUACUUUACUUAUUCCGUGAUCUUAAUCAUGCUUGGAGUGGCAAUCUUCAUGCAUAUGGGAACACUUCAUAAACUAUUUCUUCUGCUCGUCACUGGUAUCAUCUAUAUCUCACUGAUGUUGAGCAAGUAUUCAGCUUUGAUGGUGAAAUAUGACCAGGCGACAUUUUCCUGCGAGGAUCAUUUGAGUUUGAAAUCUAUCACAGUAUUGGUAAUACUACUUUUUAUCAUCACUCUCUUCUUACAUGGUUAUCUGAACGAGGAGAUUUCAAGACUAGACUUUCUAUGGAAGUUCCAGGCGACACAAGAGAAGAAAGAAAUGGAACAAUUAAGAGAUUACAACAAAAAACUAUUGCACAACAUUUUACCAUCUCAUGUGGCCGGUCAUUUUCUCGCAACAGAAAAGAAAAACGAGGAACUGUAUUUUCAGUCUUGUGACAAAGUGGCAGUUAUGUUUUCACACAUUGUAAAUUUUUCCGAUUUUUACAAUGAACUUGCUGCAAAUGGGGAGGGCCGAGAGUGCUUAAGAUUUUUGAAUGAAAUCAUCGUGGAUUUUGAUGAGCUUCUUGCGGAGGAGAGGUUUGAAUGUAUUGAAAAGAUCAAAAGUAUCGGUGAAACAUACAUGGCCGCUUCUGGAAUUAAACCUGAUACACAGGAAGAACUUGCCUCUUUGAAACAUGUUGCAGCAAUGGCUGACUUUAUCAUUGGAAUGAAACAGAAACUUCACGAGAUUAAUGUUCAGUCGUUUAAUUCGUUGAUUAUGAAAGUUGGUUUGAAUUUUGGUUCAGUGGUCGCGGGAGUAAUUGGAGCUAAGAAACCUCAAUACGAUAUCUGGGGUGAUACUGUGAAUGUCGCGAGUCGUAUGUACAGUACUGGAAAACCUGGACAAAUACAGGUUACAGAAAGCGUUUACAAUAUCUUAUCAACGCGUGGCUACACGUUCGAGUGUCGCGGCAAGGUGUCGGUGAAGGGCAAAGGAACCAUGAUUACUUAUUGGUUAACUGGCAAGGAAGGUGAAAAAUUAUAGAAUGCCGAAAGGCAGAAGAGAACUAGGAAAGAUGUAUUUCUUGAAUAGAAGAUUUCGUAGAACCAAAUUUGUGAUAUCCUAACAACCGUAACGUGUUUCCAUCAGAAUUUCUUUAGGACAUUACGAGAGAUUUUGCAAGGUAUUUACGCCAGACGUAUAUAGUUAGCCGCAAACGCAAAACUUUCAAAGCAGGUGUUGGAUUUGAAGCUGUGAAAGUUGAUGCAUUACUUUCAAACAUAAAUUAAUUACAUGCUCGCGUAUGCGAAUUAUAUGCACGCAUCGCCAGGAAAUAGGCAAAACCUACUUUCAGAUGCGUCUUGAAGUUAAACGUCUUAAAAGUUAACGUCGGCUAAAGAUCUCAUAAUAUAGUGAAGAAUAUCCUUUAACAGUAACCGAGGGAAAUUAAACUAGAACUACUCUCCUUCAAUUAUCUUGUAAUUACUGCAUGUUCGGCUUCUACGUUUUCAGUUAGACUAUAAGAAAUCCUGAGUUAAAUUGGUUUGACACAAAGCCAUUUUUGGUUCACUAUAGUCAGACCAAACCGAAUAUAGUCAGGGGCUUGUUCAAAGGCCGAUUAGCGCUAUAGCCCUAAAUUUCGACCUGCCCUUUUGGUUUAUGUAUUUAUGAAUGGCUACUCAAGACUUUGAAGACUGAAAUCUUUAUCAAACGAGGGAAGAUUUAUGAAACAACCUCUCCAACUUGUUAGACAAGCUGUUGGAAAGUUUUAUUUGUAGAUUUGCAUCAACCCUGUUGAGCUAACCGGCUUUAGAACAACUGGCCCAAAGUGAUUUUUUUUUCAAAGUCUGCAUGUCUAUGUUGGCACCCGGAUGCCUUGUUAAACCGUAUCUUCCGCUGUGCAGGACUACACACCACUGUCAGGUGUGGAUGUUACUGCGUGUAACUGGCGAUGAAUAUAGAUAUGGUUUACUAAGAAAUAAUUUAAAAACGAAUAUAUACCAUAGAUUUAUAAUAUGUUCUUUCAGAACGCUAUUUUUUGAGCUAAGUUAUUGGUGCGAAUUACUUAAAACCUGUAUUAUAAUUGCAUGUGUGCUUCCCAAACUUGAUAAAGCCAGUUUUUCACUUAGCCAUGCAAAGUUCCACACUACGCCAUAGUGAAACCCACCUGUCGGCGAAAUAAUUCUAUAGAACGAGGUUUAUAUUUAAAAGUAUAGAGUUAUUGAGUAAAUUUAAUUUAUUAAAAGUGAAAAAUUGGCUUGACCGUGUAUAUUUCGAACAAUGGGGAAAUUCAUCAUUGUUCAUGAAGAUUAGUGUAAAUAUAUAGGGAUAUAUUUAUAUUCAUUUUAAAUUAUUAGUUUUAAUACUUGUAUAUUAAAACUUUCUAUAGUUUGCGCAAUAAUUUGUAAUUUUAACUUAUGA